AUGAAAAUCCUGUCAAUUUCGUGGGGCUUCUUGCUCACAAUUGCCUUUCACUGUUUAUUUUCUUCCGUCGAGUGCGCAAGGGAUUCUCAAACAAAGUAUCCGAAAUCAACGUUCACUUUCGAUCAACUCUGGGAACUUGAAAAGACCUUCUGGGAUUCGUUUCUUUACCCUGCCAACGUGAAACAGACACAGGGAAAUGAGUCGUCAAUAUUCAACACAAAUGUCCAAGGCCGUGUCGACAUCACCCGUACCUUCGACGGUGACGAGCUAAAUCGUGAAUAUAUCUUCGGCCUCUUUUCGGACCCGGUACACGUCAGUCUCGUUGGUGUUCCAAUCGCAUACAAUAUCACCCAGUUCGCUGCCAAUGACAAUAUUGCAUCCGCAACAACCGUUGUCACCUUUAACGCGACCACAUUCGGCAUCCAAAUACCUGUCACCAUCGACACGUGGAUCGAGUGGGACGCGGGUGGCAAGAUCAUUCAGUAUGACGCAGUCUUCCGGUUGUUCGACUACUUAGUAGACUUUUUGAUCGGAGAUGUUGCGACAAAGAUCAACGCAACCUCAUCUGACCAGGCCGUCGCCUAUGUCUCCGACUUGUUAGCUAAGACCAUCUGUGCUACGCACGAGCAGUAUUGCACGGGCUCAAACCAGCAAUAUACAGACACGGCGGCAUGUUAUGAGUUUUUGACCAAGGACGUGCGAUUCGGAAAGAGCUAUGAGCUAGGCAAAAAUACAUUGCUAUGCCGUGAGGUCCAUGAGCAUAUGGUGCACUACCGACCCGGUAUCCAUUGUGCUCAUAUUGGACCCACAGGGGGUGGAUACUGUGUCGACGAUAUGACCUACCCACAGACUGUCUUGCAGAGGUACUUUAAUGAUUCGUGGAUUCCGUACGGAUAUGGAGAAGAGCAGGAUAUAUGGCUCGGCAGCUGA